ACACUGUACCGAUAGUUAAAGUGUUUUCUGAAAUGUGCAUGUAGGAUCUGAAUGUGUCCCAGAUGUCUCUAAAUUUUAUAUAAGAAUGUUGCUGGAGGAUGAAUGGAUUUGGACAAACCCAGUCUCUCUUACUGGUCUGAUGAACAUGGCUGAACAUAAAGGUAGCUUAUUUUGGGAAGAAAAACUACAUUACACACAGUGGUUCACACUCUCAGUCAGAAUGAGGGGGCUGAUCGCAUUUGCUGCUCUGUUUGUGGCUGUUCUGGGAAAGGAGACGUUUGAUGGACACCAGGUUCUUCGCAUCAAGGCGAAGGAUGAUGUCCAGCUGUCUCUGAUCAAGGCCAUGGAGGACAUGGUGGAGUUUGAGCUCGACUUCUGGAUGGAGGGGAGUGAUGUGUCCACCCCAGUCGAUGUCAGGGUCCCUGUCCACACCCUGCAGCCUGUCAAACGUUACCUGGACUCCCGAAACCUCCAGUACUCCAUCAUGAUCGAAGACCUGCAGGUGAUGUUGGAUGAGGAGCAGGAGGAGAUGGACUCUGUUGCUCGUGAUGCUGAGCCCAGAAGUACUGAUGCCUUCGACUACGGCAGAUACCACACUCUGAAUGAGAUCUACAGCUUCCAGGACAUGCUGGUGGCUGAGAACCCCAACCUGGUCUCAAAGAUGGUGAUUGGUCAGAGCUACCAGGGCCGUCCUCUCAACGUGCUCAAGUUCAGCACUGGUGGAACCAAACGUCCUGCGAUCUGGAUCGACACUGGAAUCCACUCCAGAGAGUGGGUCACACAGGCCAGCGGGACCUGGUUCGCCAAGAAGAUUGUGUCUGACUAUGGACGUGAUCCUGCCCUCACCGCCAUCCUCAACAGGAUGGACAUCUUCCUGGAGAUUGUCACCAACCCUGACGGAUACUACUAUACCCACAAUUCAAACCGUAUGUGGCGCAAGACCAGGAAGCCCAACCCCGGCUCCAACUGUGUCGGAGUUGACCCCAACAGGAACUGGGAUGCUGGUUUUGGAGGAGCCGGAGCCAGUGGAAACCCCUGCUCCGAGACCUACCGUGGACCCAGAGCCCACUCUGAGUCUGAGGUCAAGUCCAUUGUGGACUUUGUGAAGUCCCAUGGAAACAUGAAGGCCUUCAUCUCCAUUCACUCCUAUUCCCAGAUGCUCCUGUACCCUUAUGGCUACACCAGGACCCCUGUCAAGGACCAGACAGAGCUGCACAACCUGGCUAAGAAAGCCAUCACUGACCUGGCUUCACUGUACGGAACCAGAUACAGAUAUGGGAGUAUCAUCAACACCAUCUACCAAGCCAGUGGCGGCACCAUCGACUGGACCUACAACCAAGGCAUCAAGUACUCCUACACCUUUGAGCUGAGAGACACCGGUCGUUAUGGUUUCAUCCUGCCAGCCAAUCAGAUCAUCCCCACCGCCAAGGAGACUUGGCUGGCCUUGAUGGCCCUCAUGACCCAUACCAACAAUAACCCCUAUUAAACACGAUGUGGUGAAGCGGAUGUCCCUGUGGAGAGACCGUUCAAAACAAAUAACACAGUUUUAUGACUGAUGUCACCAGUCAUCGUCAUCAUCCUCAUGGUUGUUGAAUCACACAAAUAAAUGAGAACAAU